UCUGUAGCCUUGAACUUCUUCUGAUCCUCUUGCCUCUACCUCCCAAUUGCUAAGACUACAGUUAUCCAUUGUUGUGCUCAAUUUAUAUGAUGCUAAGUAACAAACUGAGUGCUUCAUCAAUGCUAGGCUAGCACUUUACCAACUGAGCUACAUCUCUGGCCACCCCAGCCUUUAAACAAUUACUACACAUGCCACAGUGUGCAUGUGGAGGUCAGAGAACAACUUAAGGGAGUCAAUUAUCUCCUUUCAUGUGAGCUCUAGGAAUUAAACUCAGGUCAUGAGGUUUUUGCAAGCACCUUCACACACUGAGCAAUCUCAGCUCCACCCUGCUCUUCUUUAAAUUUUAUUUUUGAGACAGAAUCUUACUAAAUUAGCCAAGGUAGCCUUGAACUCACACUGUAGCCUAGACAAGCCUUGAACUUUCAUUCUGCUUGUUUGAACCUCCAAAGUAGCUAAGAUUACAAGCCUGUACAUCCCAGGGCCCUGUUUGUGUGCACAUUUUACAGAAAAGGAAACAGGCCUAGAGGCAAAUAUUAUCUGCCCUAGGUAUUCAUAGAACAUGGUCCAACUGGUUCUCUCUUCUCUACCUCUGUAGACCCUAAGGGUUUCUUCAGAUGGCCCCUUUGAGCAGUGGGUAUGCCUGAAACACCCUCCAUCCCCGCCCACUUCUGAAUCACUUCCCACACAAUGCCACUUCCCUUUCUCACUUCCCUUGCAUUGACCUCCCACACAUACAUGCUGACCACAGGAACCUCGCUUUUAGGAAAGAGGUGGGUUUUCAAGAAGGAAGAUGAAGCACUUGCCCUGAUGCCUUCUCCUUAACAGACUACCUAAGGAGGGCUACCCUCAUUUCACCCUUCUUCAGUACCCCAUUGAAGUUGAUCCUGUCACUAUAGUCAAGAUUAUGCAUUUUACAGGUAAGAAAUGAGCCAGCCAUGGUGUGAUAUGCCUGUUCAAGGCAAGCCCAGUCUACAAAGCAAAUGUCAGGCCUGGUAUGGCCACAUUAUAAAACUUUUUCUUAAAAAAAAAUAAGGAAAACUCAGGCUGAAAAUUUAAAGUGACUUAUCCAAGGUCAUACACCCAGGUGGUUCUCCAGACUUUCAGGCUCCAAUGCCCUUCAAUGAGAAUUUGUCUCAUACGAAUUAAUUGAAAACUAAGAGGUGUCUGGGUGGAGUGGGGUAUUAGGUGGCAAAGAUUGGGUGUCAGAAGCAGGAACAAGGGUGACACAGGAAAUGGAAAGGAAAGAGAAGAGGAGGAGGCAGAGGGCUCAAGGGAGAGGUCAGAGCUAAAGAGGUCAUACCCUCCCAGUUCCUCCUGCUCUGGGUUCCUCUUUCCUGAGCAGAUCAGCCCAGAUUAAGCCAGGCCUCCUCUCUGUAAGAGGGUACAAAAACUUAAUGCUCAAAAUGCUUGCUAGAAUGCAAGCCUCUCAGUCGUUCCUGCUGCUACUGCUUACCCUGCCAGCCACAGGUAAGUGGGUGAGGGCCCAGAUGUCUUCCCAGGGAUGCCCAGGCCAACCACACCCUGAUUGUCCAUUCUUCUCCCCUGAUCUUACAGGUUCAGACCCUGUGCUCUGCUUUACCCAGUAUGAGGAGUCCUCUGGCAAAUGCAAAGGCCUGCUUGGGGGAGAUAUCAGUGUGGAAGACUGCUGUCUCAAUGCUGCCUAUGCCUUCCAAGAGCACACUGGUGGUCUCUGUCAGGCAUGCAGGUCCCCACGAUGGUCACCAUGGUCCUCAUGGGCCCCCUGCUCGGUUACAUGCUCUGAGGGGUCCCAACUGCGACACAGGCGCUGUGUGGGCAGGGGUGGGCAGUGCUCUGAGAAGGUGGCUCCUAGAACCCUUGAGUGGCAGCUACAGGCCUGUGAAGACCAGCCAUGCUGUCCAGAAAUGGGUGGUUGGUCUGAGUGGGCACCCUGGGGGCCUUGCUCUGUCACCUGCUCCAAAGGAACCCGGACCCGUCAACGAGUAUGUGACCACCCUGCUCCUAAGUGUGGGGGCCACUGCCUAGGAGAGGCCCAGCAAUCACAGGCCUGUGACACUCAGAAGGUCUGCCCCACACAUGGGGCCUGGGCAACCUGGGGCCCCUGGAGCCCCUGCUCAGGAACCUGCCUUGGCGGAACUCAAGAACCUAAGGAGACACGAAGCCGCAAGUGUUCUGCACCAGCACCUUCCCACCAGCCCCCUGGGAAGCCCUGCUCAGGACCAGCCUAUGAGCAUCGGAGCUGCACUGGCCUGCCACCUUGUCCAGUGGCUGGUGGUUGGGGGCCAUGGGGCCCUGUGAGCCCCUGUUCGGUAACCUGUGGCCUGGGCCAGACCCUAGAACGACGGAUAUGUGAUCGCCCUGUACCCCGUCAUGGGGGCCUCUUCUGUGCUGGUGAUGCCACUCGGACCCACAUCUGUAACACAGCCAUGCCUUGCCCUGUAAAUGGGGAGUGGGAGGCCUGGGGGAAAUGGAGUCACUGCAGCCGUGUGAACAUGAAGUCCAUCAGCUGUGAGGAAAUCCCAGGCCAGCAGUCACGCACAAGGAACUGUGGAGGCCGCAAGUUUAAUGGACAGCGAUGUUCUGGAAAAUACCAGGAUAUUCGACACUGCUAUGACAUCCAUAACUGUGUCUUGAAAGGUUCAUGGUCACAGUGGAGUACCUGGGGUCUCUGCACACCACCAUGUGGACCCAACCCGACCCGUGUCCGCCAGCGCCUCUGCACACCUUUGCUUCCCAAUUUUCCGCCUACAGUUUCCAUGGUCGAAGGUCAGGGUGAGAAGAAUGUUACCUUCUGGGGGACCCCGCGGCCACUGUGUGAGGAGCUACAGGGGCAGAAGCUGAUGGUGGAAGAGAAACGGCCAUGUUUACAUGUGCCUGCCUGCAAAGACCCAGAGGAAGAAAAACCCUAAAAUCCCUUGCUUCCAUUCUGACCCCCUGAUCUUCCAGACCUCAAUAAAGCAGCCUUUGUAAACUA